UGGGUUCCCUAUGCCCCUGGAUGGUGAGGCGGAUCGGCGUCUCGGGAGCGAUGCGAGCGCGGUGAGGCCGGCGCCGGCCCGCGGAAGCUGCAGGAGCGUCGCGAGGUGUUGCCGCCACCCGGGAGCGGGGCUGCAGGAUGAGUAAGAGACAAUUACAGAAAGCAACAAAAGGAAAACUGCUAAUAAUAAUCUUCCUUGUAACCUUGUGGGGGAAAGUUGUAUCCAGUGGCAACCAUCAUAAAGCUCACCAUGUUAAAACGGGAACUUGCGAGGUGGUGGCACUUCACAGAUGCUGUAACAAGAACAAGAUAGAAGAACGGUCGCAGACGGUCAAGUGUUCCUGCUUCCCCGGGCAGGUGGCCGGCACCACACGGGCUGCUCCGUCCUGCGUGGAUGCUUCCAUAGUGGAGCAGAAAUGGUGGUGCCACAUGCAGCCGUGUCUAGAGGGGGAGGAGUGUAAAGUUCUUCCGGAUCGGAAAGGAUGGAGCUGUUCUUCUGGGAAUAAAGUGAAAACAACUAGGGUAACCCAUUAACUAAGGCUAAGUCAGGUGACCCUCAAGGCUGAUUACAUGGAAUGUAUGCACAGAAACUUAACUCCUGAGGUGACCUGCAGGAAGAUUUUUAUACUGCACGGAAGAGGCACUCCAGAGU